AUAUUUGUAAAAAAAAAAAAAAAAAAGUAAACAAUCUGAAAUCAAUUGUGUUCGUGACAUUUAAUGCUAAGGAGAAGACAGCUUUGAUUGGGAAAGGUUGUAGCUUGAUAGCUACGUUUGCCAUGUUACUUUAAUUUUUAAAUGCAAAAAUAAAUGUCCAGUCUGAUAGUCGGAUGUUGAAGUUGUCAAGCCCAAGGAAAUUGCGUCAGUUUUUCCUCGACAUACUGAUAAAGGCCCCAAUCUAGUAGCCCACUGUGAAGGCUCAGGCUGUCAUAAUGUCGGAGCCCAAGGCACCCACCCCGACUCCGGCUGGAGACACAUACAAAGGAUGGCUAUUCAAAUGGACAAAUUACAUCAAGGGCUACCAGCGACGAUGGUUCGUCUUGAGCAACGGUUUACUAUCCUACUACAGGACCCAGGCGGAGAUGGGCCACACGUGCCGGGGCACCAUCAACCUGGCCACGGCCAACAUCGCGGUGGAGGACUCGUGCAACUUUGUCAUCUCCAACGGCGGGGCACAGACCUACCACCUGAAGGCCAGCUCUGAGGUGGAGCGGCAGCGCUGGAUCACCGCCCUGGAGCUGGCCAAGGCCAAGGCUGUCCGUAAUCAGGCCGAGUCUGAUGACUCUGGUGAUGAGUGUCCGACGUCACCCCCUACCUCGGGACAGGGCGGAGGGGCACGUAACUCUAACUCAGAGGUACAGUCCACACUGCGCACGCUGGGCAGCAAGGUGGAAGACCUGAGCACCUGCAACGACCUCAUCGCCAAGCACGGCUCCGCCCUCCAAAGGUCCCUGUCAGAGCUGGAGGGGGUGCGUCUGGGAGGAGACACUGAUGGCAAGAUCCGGCAGGUGACGGAGAGAGCCACGUUGUUCCGCAUCACCUCCAACGCUAUGAUCAACGCAUGCAGAGACUUCUUAGCGCUGGCCCAGGCCCACAGUAAGCGGUGGCAGAAAGCCCUGCAUUCGGAGCGGGACCAGAGGAUAAGGCUGGAGGAAACAUUGGAGCAGCUUGCCAAGCAGCACAACCACCUGGAGAGGGCCUUCAGAGGGGCCACCGUACUGCCCCUCUCCCAGAGCAACCCUGCCCUGAACAGCAAGAGUUUGGGCUCAGCAAAGGGAGACGCAAGCGACGAGGAUGAUGAAAACGAGUUCUUUGACGCUAUGGAGGACCCGGCAGGGUUCAUCACUGUACCGGCCGACCCCAAGUAUCAUAGGUCAGGAAGUAACAUCAGUGGUCUCAGUGCUGAGACUGGAAUCGAUGACCAAUCGCUUUGUGACGAGCAGUCGUUGGGGUCCAAUCCGGAGUCGCCCCAGUCCCUGGAGGUGGAGCCAGUGAGGAAGAGGCGGACCAAAAUCCCAGACAAGCCCAACUAUUCGCUGAACCUCUGGAGCAUCAUGAAGAACUGCAUUGGCAAAGAGCUCUCCAAGAUCCCCAUGCCUGUGAACUUCAACGAGCCCAUCUCCAUGCUGCAGCGUCUAUCUGAGGACUUGGAGUACUACGAGCUCCUGGACAAGGCGGCUAAAUGCCAGAGCUCUCUGGAGCAGCUGUGCUACGUGGCUGCCUUCACCGUAUCAUCCUACUCCACUACGGUCCACCGUACAGGGAAACCCUUCAACCCCCUACUGGGGGAGACCUACGAACUGGACCGGCUGAGGGAGAGCGGCUACCGUUCACUGUGUGAACAGGUGAGUCACCACCCGCCUGCAGCUGCUCAUCAUGCCAUCUCAGAGAGAGGCUGGACCCUCCGACAGGAGAUCUCCCUCGCCAGCAAGUUCAGGGGAAAAUACCUCUCCAUCAUGCCUCUGGGCUCUAUCCAAUGUGUGUUUGAGAAGAGCAACAAUCACUACUCGUGGAAGAAAGUAACUACAACAGUACACAACAUCAUUGUGGGCAAAUUGUGGAUCGACCAGUCGGGAGAGAUAGACGUGGUGAACCACCGGACCGGCGACUGCUGCCAUCUCAAGUUCGCCCCGUACAGCUACUUCUCCAGAGACGUGGCCAGGAAGGUGACUGGUGUGGUGACCGACAAGGAGGGUAAGGCCCACUAUGUGCUGUCAGGGACGUGGGAUGAGAAGAUGGAGUUCUCCAGGGUGAUGCAGAGCAAUAAGGGAGAGAACGGAACCGAGGGCAAACAGAAGACCGUCUACCAGACGCUCAAAGCCAAGGAGCUCUGGAAGAAGAACCCACUACCCGAGGGAGCGGAGACCAUGUACUACUUCUCGUCGCUGGCGCUGACGCUCAACGAGUCCGAGGAGGGCGUGGCGCCCACCGACAGCCGGCGACGGCCCGACCAGCAGCUGAUGGAGGCGGGCCGGUGGGACGAGGCUAACGCCGAGAAGCAGCGGCUGGAGGAGAAGCAGAGGAGCGUCCGCCGCGAGAGGGAGCGAGAGGCCCAGCGUGCAGCCAACCUGCCCGAGGAGGGGGCAGAAGGGGUGGAGGUAGCGGAGGAUGGCGUCCACCAGGACAACUAUGAGGCGAUGUGGUUCGAGCGGACUGAGGACGUCAUCACGGGAGAGUCCAUGCACGUCUACAAGGGGGGCUACUGGGAGGCGAAGGACCACGGCAACUGGGACAUGUGCCCAGAUAUAUAUUGAGCCCCCCCCAUCAGCGAAUUGUACUAACCCAGGCAUUUGGAACAAGCCACCCUUUUUCCCCCCAAUUGAUGAAGGGACAAACUGGGUAUCGACCCUGUUUAACCCCAACCCUCCCUCUUUCAGGAUAGAUUUUGGGUUGUAAUGCCCCUUACCUUUCCCCUAUCACUCUCUGUGGGGAUGGUGUGUGUAUAGGGGCGGUGAGAUCCUGUAGGACAAUGCAACCAGGCAGGGGGAAAGACCUGCCUUCAUCUUCCGUGUAGGGUCAAGUUGCCCCUAGAUGCUGAUCUGGGGUCAGUUUUGCAUUUCCCCCGCUAAUGUUUAAGGUCAGGAUUGGGGGGGGCCGAGCUGAUCCUAGAUCUGUAGCUAGGGAAAACGUCACCCCCUGAAGCUUCAUCUUCACUACAAUGAUUAGAUAUCUCCCUUUAGAGCCACUGGCUAGACCUCUGUGUCUUCUGUUUCUUCCUUUGCUGCUCUCUUUCUCACCCACUCCAUCUCUUGCUAUGUUAGUCUGUGGAAAAGACUGGGGGCAGAUAGAUUCUAGCGAUUUAACAAUAUCAAACACUAACUCUACCUUGCUCCUCUUCCAAAGGAUAUGGACUAAAUGCAAAUGGACAUGAACAGUUUGUGUGAGAGUAUAUGUCUGUGUGUGUGAAGAGGGGGGUUAUAAUAGCAAUGGGUUGGUGCUUAUGUCUGCUUUGAGGAUGCCAGAUUUUCAAAGCUUCACAAAUGCUGUUUAAGAGGUUUUUUUUGUUUUGAGAGAGAAAGGGGGUGAGCAACAAAUGCAGGAGCCCACGUGUGUGAACCCGGUGACAUCACAUUAGCUCCUCUGCUGUGCCUAUUUGGGCUUGGAGCCUGUUAUCCCUCUCGAAGCAGCGGAAUCUGCUAAAUGAAGGAUGUAUCGUCAUAAAAUACUAUUUAAAAGUUCCUACGUCCUACAUCCCAAAGAUGACUUCCACCUCUUCAACAGCAAAACAAUCUAGCGUAGCCUUUUUUUUAUUAGGGUUAGUGUAUGAAGCAGACUCAACCAUAACAUAUUAGAAUAGUGGCCUAGUAAUUUAGUGUCCAAAAUGGCACCCUAUUCCCUAAAGGGCACUUAUUUUGACCAGGCCCUGGUCAAAAGUAGUGCACUAUAAAUGAAUAGGGAUGCAUCAGUAGAUUACUCGUAAUCUACUCUAGUUGAAGUGUGUGUGCACUAGUACAGAAUGUGAGCUUGUGUGAGGUCCAAAAAUAAGAUAAAUCACAUUUUAUUUUCAAGUGUACUUACAAAAUGUUUUUGAGACCGAGGAAAAAACCGACACAGAACAUUGCUAAUAUGUGUGUAUAUAUAUAUAUCAAAGUAAUAAUAUUGAUUAGUUAGAUCUAAGUAUGGUGAUUUGUAUUUAAGGUCAGAGAACUCCCAUUUGUUUCUGUAAAAAAGAAUGACUGUUUCUCCUAGAACUGGAUUGUCCUCCAUUAAUUGUAACUAGUUUCAUUACUUUUUUCUCCUGCUCCCUGGCCCCGUACACACACGUUGUACAAUACAUUUGAUCCAGUUACACUGCUGUGAAGACACCACAAUAGUUGUAAAAAGAAAAAUAUCAGCAUCAAAACCAUUGUCAGGUGUUGUACAACUAGUUUACUGGACCUGUCUUGAGUUGAUUGUCCAUCAUUGUAUUGUUCAUAUAGUCUUGAGUUCUUUCACUGUCUUUCCAUUCAUCUUCCCUCCAAUUGUUGUAAUUCCCCAUCUUUUUAAGCUCAUUCAUUCUCUUAUGGAUCUUGGUCAGGGCACCGAGUAUAACAGCAUCACGGGGUGAUGUAAUAAAGCCUGACUGGAGAAGUGCA